GGCUGCCGUCGAAGAAAAUACAGGGCGACGGCCCGCACGGCAACCCUAGUGGUUUAUAGUUUAUACAUCUUUACUUGAAAUCAAGAUAUCGUUGUCCAGUCUCUAAACAUGGCUAGGCGUAUCAGUGUUCAUCCCAAAUUCUUCCUCGCCGGCCUAAACAGACUUCAAGGCCCAACUCCACUCCGUCUCGUCGUCUCUCUCUGCUCAGACUCCUCAUCAGACGACAGCAAUAAUGACAAAAUCAGAGACCAUGAACGCCACGAAGAAGUGCGCAGGCUUCAAGCUCUGCUCCAGCUGGGACGGAUGGGUGAUGCACAAGACCUCACUAAGUCGCUCGUUCGCUCAAAAUCACCAUUCUCUUCCCCCUCUGACCUCUUGAGGGUCUUCUCUCUUUCCUCGCCCACCCUAAAAUUUACUUUCUCAGACAUGCUUCUUGCAGUAUUAUCAGACUCCAAAAUGCACAGUGAGGCCACGGAACUGUACGAAAUGUUGAGGAGAGAUGGUAUGCAACCUUCUAUAAACUCUCUUAAUUUGUUGCUUGAAUCUUUGGUGUCUUUGAAUAAGUUUGAUAAGACCCUUAAUUUGUUUGAGGAGAUAAUUCAGUCUGGUUUUAGACCCAAUAAGUUCAUGUAUGGAAAAGCAGUACAAGCUGCUGUAAAAUUGGGGGACUUGAAGAGGGCUAUUGGGUUCCUGGGCUGUAUGAAGAAGAAAGGAGUGAGCCCCAGUGUCUUUAUAUAUAACGUGUUGAUUGGUGGGUUAUGUAAAGAGAAGAGAAUGAUGGACGCAGAACAGUUGUUUGAUGAAAUGCUUAAGAGAAAUUUAUUGGCGAAUUGUGUUACAUAUAAUACCCUUAUUGAUGGGUAUUGCAAGCUCGGGAAGUUGGAGCAGGCAUUUCGGUUGAAAGAAAGGAUGAAGAUGGAAAAUGUGGAACCAAAUCUGGUUACUUUCAAUACAUUGCUUUCUGGACUCUGUCGUUUGGGGAGGAUGAAGGAGGCUAAAGAGUUUUUUCUGGAAAUGCAACCUCAAGGAUUUAUGCCGGAUGGGUUCACUUACAGCAUACUUUUUGAUGGGCUUUCGAGGAGUGGUGAUUGUGAGACUGCCUUGGCUAUAUAUGAACAACAAGUUGGUGGAAAGGGAGUCAGCAUGAAUACUUAUACUUUCAGCAUUUUGCUCAAUGUUUUGUGCAAAGAAGGGAAGGUUGAAAAGGCAGAAGAGGUUUUGGUGAAGGAAAUUGAAAAUGGCCUUGCUCCUAAUGAGGUAAUGUAUAAUACAAUUCUGAGUGGAUAUUGUCGAAAAGGUAAUGUGAAUAGAGCCAUUUUGACAAUUGAGCAAAUGGAGAAGUAUCAGUUGAGGCCAAAUUGCAACACUUACAAUCUAUUGAUUGACAAAUUUUCUGAAAUGAGGGAGAUGGAGAAGGCUGAAGAGUGGGUAAAGAAGAUGGAAGAGAAGGGUGUUCCACCAAAUGUUGUUACUUAUAACAUCCUGAUCAAUGGUUAUGGACAAAUGUGCCAAUUUGAAAUGUGUUAUGGUAUUCUGGAAAGAAUGGAAAAUAAAGGGACAAAGCCUAAUGUUAUAAGUUAUGGUUCCCUCAUAAAUUGUUUAUGCAGAGACGGUAAGAUUCUUGAAGCAGAAAUAACCUUUAACGAUAUGAUAGGUAGAGGAAUUCUGCCUAAUGCACAAAUAUAUAACAUGCUUCUUGAUGGAUUUUGCACCACAGGAUCGCUGAAAGAUGCUUACAGGUUCUUUGAUGAAAUGGUAAAAAGUGAAACACCUCCAACACUUGUGACUUACAAUGUACUGAUAAAUGGGCUCUGCAAAAAGGGAAAGGUAGGAGAAGCUGAAGGCUUGCUUCCGCAAAUUAGAAGCGGUGGUUUCAGUCCUGAUGUGAUAACCUACAACUCGUUAAUUUCUGGGUAUUCAGAUUCAGGAAAUGCUCAGAAAUGUCUUGAGUUGUAUGAAGAAAUGAAGGCGUCAGGAAUCAAGCCUACAUUAAAUACAUAUCAUCCGCUGAUUAGUGCAUGUAGUAAGGAAGGACUGGGGCAUGUAGAGCAGUUGUAUCAUGAGAUGUCACAAAUGCAUCUAACUCCUGAUCGUCUUAUAUAUAAUGCACUGAUUCACUGCUAUGCUGAGCAUGGAGAUGUUCAAAAGGCACUCACCUUGCAACAUGAGAUGUUGGAUCGAGGAAUUCAUCCUGACAAGAUGACCUAUAAUAGCUUAUUGUUGGGACACUUUAAAGAAGGAAAGUUGUCAGAGGUAAAAGAUCUAGUUACAGAUAUGAAGGCCAAAGGCUUGGCUCCUAAAGCUGAUACCUACACUAUUCUGGUUAGGAGACAUUGCGAGCUGAAGGAUUUUGAUGGAGCAUAUGCUUGGUAUAGAGAAAUGUUUGAAAAUGGUUUCCUCUUAAAUUUCAGUAUCUGCAAUGACCUAUUAACUGGCCUUAGAAAUGAGGGUAAAUUGCAAGAGGCCCAUAUUAUCUGCCAGGAGAUGAGUGCUAAAGGAAUAAAUGGUUGGAGCACAGAAGAAGACCUAGUUGCUGUUGCCAAAAUAUCAUGAGAGAUUUACAAGGCACCAAUUAUGCUCUCCAAAGGGCAAUUCCCUUGCAUCAAAUCAACUGAAGGUGAACAAUAACUUGUACAGAAGGGAGUUUGCAAUUGCUUGUUACUUUCUUAGAAGGGCUGGUGAGCCCUAAAAUCGAUGAGAUACUUUCUUACUUUUCAUUUUCUUCAUGGUUAAGAUUAAGAAACACUGUCAGUGUUU